UCCUGCGUCCUCCGACUUUUCAUGGUAGGGAGGGCGGUGCCCACUAGCGGGGGGCUCUGGGCGGCCCCGAGAGCCCGGCAGCAGCAGAGCGGAGAGGGAAGGAGCCAAGGAGGGGAAGAGAUGUCAGGAGAAAGUGUGGUGAGCUCAGCGGUGCCAGCGGCUGCUACCCGCACCACUUCCUUCAAGGGCACGAGUCCCAGCUCUAAGUACGUAAAGCUGAAUGUGGGCGGGGCCCUCUACUACACCACCAUGCAGACACUGACCAAGCAGGACACCAUGCUGAAAGCCAUGUUCAGCGGGCGCAUGGAAGUACUCACUGACAGUGAAGGCUGGAUCCUUAUUGACCGGUGUGGGAAACACUUUGGUACAAUACUCAACUACCUUCGUGACGGGGCGGUCCCCUUGCCUGAGAGCCGCCGGGAGAUUGAGGAGCUGCUGGCAGAAGCCAAGUACUACCUGGUCCAGGGCCUGGUGGAAGAAUGCCAGGCAGCCUUACAACAGAACAAAGAUACUUACGAGCCUUUUUGCAAAGUUCCUGUUAUCACCUCAUCCAAGGAAGAGCAGAAACUUAUCGCAACUUCAAAUAAGCCAGCCGUGAAGCUGCUCUACAACAGAAGUAACAACAAAUAUUCAUAUACCAGCAAUUCUGACGACAAUAUGUUGAAAAACAUUGAGCUCUUUGAUAAGCUUUCUCUACGCUUUAAUGGAAGGGUCCUGUUCAUAAAGGACGUCAUUGGGGAUGAGAUCUGCUGCUGGUCCUUCUAUGGGCAGGGCCGCAAGAUUGCCGAGGUCUGCUGCACCUCCAUUGUCUAUGCCACUGAGAAGAAGCAGACCAAGGUGGAGUUCCCAGAGGCCCGUAUUUAUGAGGAGACCCUCAAUAUUUUGUUGUACGAGGCCCAGGACGGCCGAGGACCUGACAACGCGCUCCUGGAAGCCACGGGUGGGGCAGCUGGUCGCUCUCACCACCUGGAUGAAGACGAGGAGCGAGAGCGGAUCGAGCGUGUGCGGCGGAUCCACAUCAAGCGCCCAGAUGACCGGGCCCACCUCCACCAGUGAGCAAGCAAGCAAGCGAGCCACCCUCCUCCUCCCUCCUCCCCUGUCAUUCACUCCAAUUCCUGCAGGCUCUUGGGCACCUUCCACUUCCCCUGGAGUCUGAAGAUACUUUUGUACCAAGCCAGAUGAUUAUUUUGAUAUUUCUCGACCAGGUGACUGUCUUUCCCCCAGAUGAAUGCACCCCGUUCUUGACCAAGCUAUGUCCAAGGUCUCCCCCUUCCAUGGGGAUCUGAGAAUCUUUGGAGCUAGGCUUUCUUGGUUCUCGGAGAAAAGUAUGAAUGGGUAUGAAGUGGAUGUGAGAAAUUUUAUUUGCAGUAUUUAUUUUUGUGGGUGUUGACUAUGAUUUGGGCUUUGGGGCGGCAUGCCCCUGGGGUUCAGUCUGACAGCUCCGGGAGGGAUCCUGCGGUUGGUGGCCACCAGAGGAUUCUCUGAGCUAUUUCCUAAUCCUCCAGCCCAGCAUGCUGGCUGCUAGUUCCUGUGCCCUAGGUCGGGCCGGCUCCAGGGCUUUGCCGGAAGUCCUUCUGCCCCAGGACUUUGCACCUCUAGCUCAUGUGGGUAGAUGAUUACAGUUUGUGGCACGGAAGAUAGGACUGAUGAGCUUCGUGCCUCUGAUUGUUCUAGUGUAGCUCUGGGUGCCCGGCUCUGUUGAGGGACAGGCCUAUUAGGACCUCACGUGGCUAAGGCAGAGCUGGCCCUGGCAGGGACUGCAUGGCUCUGUUCCUGGCUCCCCCUGCAUCUGUUCUUGUUGGCCAACUCCCCUUCUAGAAGGCCUUGUGGCCUGUUUAACAAGUGGAGCUCGCAUACCGUCACUUCUUGGGCUCUAUUCUUUCUUCCUCAGCCUUCUUCCCUGUUAGGCUGGGCUUCCUAUCUCCAGGAGAAGCCCUGCCUUUUGCUUAGAAAGUGGAGGUGGCCCGGCCUCUGUCCACCAAGCCUGGCAUCCAGGCAGGAAACCCAUUCACACCAGCAGUCUCAGGGUAGCUCCCCUGCUGUAGAUGCAGCCAUCACCCGGAGAUCCCCUUUUUGUCUUUGCCUCUGAUUUUUACACAGUAUGGAGUAGCCACAGCGAGCAGAGUUAGAGGAUGUGCAGACCCUUUGGGGUCCAAUAAAGUGUUCGUGUUCAUGUUUAAGGGACGUGUGCGACUAUGGAUGGGGAUGUGUGCUUGUGGGGCGCAGGGGGCCUGCACUGGAGCCCGGCUGUCCACAUGGUGCUCGUGUAGGACGGACGUUCUCGGUUACCUACCUCCCAGUCUCCUCUGCGCCUGUGAAGGGACAGAAGUGAGUGGUGACUGACGUGGCUGGUUGCAACUAGACUACGUAGAGUAGUUACAAGGAGAUGUGAACGUGUGUAAGGUAAUGGAUGGGAUUUGUCUGCUUUUCAAGGGAAACAUUACUGUUUUAUACCAAAGGUAUUAAUAUGGGCAGCCUUUGACACAGUGUAUUCCAAAAAACGAGUUUAUAUUUUGAAAUGGUUUUUACAGCUUAGGCUUUGUACACACUGCCCUUCUUGGGACAGUUGCAUGCCUUUAUUUUGUAUCCAGCAGCAAAGCCUAGAAUAAAACUUUAAAACAAUCUUGACUGAACUUAAAAAAAAAAUCAUGUUUCGGGGUCGAUGCCUUUUAAACUGUUGUGUGGGAAACUUUCGUAUUAGGCCAUUCGAGUUUUAUUAAGUGCUAAGGAAAGGGGGGGGGCUUAAGUACUGUUUCGUAAAUGUUUUAUAUACUGUUUCAGUUUUAAACACCAACCCUGGCGUUUGGGUUGAACUUUUUUAGAGAGUUAAAGUGAAUGUCAGUUCUGAUGUUUUCUGUAGGAAUGGAAAAGCCAUCAUAUGAAUUGUUUUUUAACAUAUUUCUGUGAAGAGUAAGUUUGUGGAACAAUCGGAUUCGUUUGGGCUUCCACACCAUAUGAGCUAAUGUCUCUGGCAGUCUUUACACUUUUCCUUAACUUUGCACUUGUAGUUUUGAGUCUCUGCUUUCCUGGGAUCUGAACAGAUUCCUGAAACAUUCCGUGGUGAAUGAUACACCGUUAGCUGCAUAGCCUUGAGCUGACAGCAGUGUUGGCUGGUCCAAGCUCUGUUAGCAAAUGUAUUCUACAAGGAACUGAAUUUUAUGAUAGCAUGAAGGGCAAACAAAGGUCAAUAUUUGUACUUAAGAGCCAUGUAAGUAAAACACUGGCCUAAGAUUUGGUAAAGAGUUAAGUUUUAUUACAUUGUAAGAGCUUACAGUUGGAGAACAGCUUUUGGUCCCUUGUCAAGCUGUUUUUUCAAAGAGGUCCUUGUUUGUGGUGACUGGGGGCCUGUGCCCAAGACAAUCCUGGAGUAGCCUCUUCUAUCGUCGUCCCCUCCCCCCUAUGAUAGGUUGCAGAUGAGCUGCCUGGCUGAGAUGCAGGGACCCCACCCUUUGCUUCGGUGGGAUCCUGCACCUCCCAGCAGGUGCUCAGGACCCAAAUGUCAACAACACUCAGCCCUCUGCAAAGUGGGCUCCUGAGGGCUCCACCCAGCAUCACUGUAGCACACCUGUGUGUCACUAACCUUUCUUUUUGUGCUAUGGAAAAAAAUGCUAUAAACGUUAGAAGUAGUCACUGUAUGUUGUACAAGCAUUUGUGGACGUGUAAAAUAAAAGUUACAUAUAAUG